ACAAAGCAAAGCAUUUUUCGCAAUCAAAAGUGUGUGUUUACUUAGUUUUUUGGUGUUAGUUACUUGUUUUAAGAGAUGGCGGAUCAUCCUCGUUCAAGUGAGCAACAAGAAGCUGAUGCCGCAGCUUCCAAAGGUUGUGGAAUGUUUGACUUUCUCAAGAAGAAACCUGAAGAUGAGCAUGUCUACGUGACUGACGCGACCAAGGAAAAGAAGGAAGAUGAGAAACCUUCUCUCGCGGAAAGGCUUCACCGUUCUGGCAGCUCUUCGAGUGAUGAAGAAGUGGAUGAAAAUGGGGAAAAGAAGAAAAAGAUGAAAGGAUUGAAGGAGAAGGUGUUUGGUCACAAGGAUGAAGAUGUUUCUGAUCAUCAAUAUAAAACUGAGGAGAAGAAGGGUGUCACGGAGAAGAUCAUGUUGAAAGUUCAUGCAGGUAAAGGGACUCAUGACCAAGCCAACAAGCAUGAGCAUGAAGAUGGGGAGAAGAAAGGGUUUAUGGAGAAGAUGAAGGAGAAGCUUCCUGCAGCUGGAGGUCAUCAUGACCAAGCCAACAAGCCUGAACAUCAGGAGGAUGGGAAAGAGAAAGGGUUUAUCGAAAAGAUCAAGGAGAAUCUUCCAGCAUCUGGAGGUCAUCAUGACCAAGCCAAGAACCAUGAGCAUCAUGAGGAUGGGAAGGAGAAAGGGUUUAUGGACAAGAUUAAGGAGAAGCUUCCUGGAGGUCACAAUGGAAAGCCCGAAGUUGAGCCUCAUCAUGAAAAUGGUAAAGAGAAAGGGUUUAUGGAGAAGAUCAAGGAGAAGCUCCCUGGUCAUAUGAAGCAUGAUGACAGUGAUGAGAAGAAAAAGGAAACUUAG